AUUCCGCGACAGCUCUCUUUGGCUUUUAGAAUAUGACCUGUCCUUGAAAUUUUCGUAGCCCUCUUUUGCUAAUAUGCGCUUAUUUGCAGGGAAGGUGGGCUCUUCGCCGAGCCAUCUACCGUGGGAGGCCAGGCUCAGGAUUGCUAAAGGAGUGGCCCGUGGGCUGGCGUUUCUCCACGAGAAGAAACACGUGCAUGCAAAUUUAAAGCCCAGCAACAUCUUGUUAGGCGCCGAUAUGGAGCCCAGGAUCGGAGAUUUCGGGCUUGAGAAGUUUUUUAACGGCGAGAGCAGCUAUAAAUCGGGAGUAUCGGCUCGGAAUUUCGGGAGUAAGCGGUCAACGGCAUCCCGAGAUAGCUUCCAGGACCUCUCUUUUGGGCCUAGCCCAAGCCCAAGUCCGAGUUCAAUAAGCGGCAUCUCGCCGUAUCAUGCGCCGGAAUCUCUCCGGAGUCUGAAGCCCAACCCAAAGUGGGAUGUGUACUCUUUUGGGGUCAUAUUUCUAGAACUCCUAACCGGGAAGGUCAUAGUUGUUGACGAGGUGGGCCAGGGAAAUGGGCUCGUAGUUGAGGACAAAAACAAGGCUUUGAGGAUGGCUGACGUGGCGAUCCGUGCUGACAUGGAGGGCAGAGAGGAUGCCUUGCUGGCAUGCUUCAAGCUAGGGUACAGUUGUGCAUCACCAGUCCCACAAAAGAGACCCACGAUGAAAGAAGUCUUGCAAGUGCUGGAGAAAAUCCCAUCUUCUUCUUCAAUUUCAUCAUACCUCUAUGGACUCUGAUGUACGUACGGACGUCUGACAUGUGGUUUUAUUUAGUUUUUCAAAUAUUUCAGUGGGAACUGUCCGACAUCAUGUGCUAUGGUCCCCGCGGUUAACACUAAUCUUGCUUGCUAAUUUUAGAGCUAGUUUAUCCAUUUUUUAGUUAUUAUGGACCUACAUUUCUAGGGGCAUUUGGUUUUUAAUUUGAGAGUUAUUUUGUCUUUACUACAUGUCAUGUUAACUGACUAAUAAAUUAUACACUGUUGG